UCUACCUACGCCAACAACUUUUUACUGUGUGUUGUGUUCCCGUUCGAGUUCGACCUAAUUUCGCUCGAGACCUAAUUUUUGCGUGCGGAAUAGUUUUUCCCGAAAAAGUGAAGCCAGCGAAUAAACAAUAGCUGAAAGCGAGCGAUAGCCAAGAAAGUAAGAGUGAAAGUAAACAAAAGCGGAAAGGAGAAGAACUCUGGCGUUAAUUAUGUGUGUGUACAUACGUAUAUAUUUAAUAUUUCCGAUGCGUCCAUAACGGGAGUGUGUUCUUGCUUCCACCCGUCGCCCUCGCCAUCGUCAUCGCCUUUCCGUUCGCCAAACCCUAAUUUCGGUGUGCAAUUUUGUAUAAAAAUUAACACAAAGUGGGAAGAUAGCGUUGUGUCAUAGAAUUGGAGCAAAGGCAAAAAAACAAGGCAAAAUUAGCAAAAGCCAAGCGGAAAAACAACAACACAGAAUGCCCAGUGGAACCCCAGUACAUAUGUGUAUAUACAUAUGUGCGGUGCGAGCGUGUUAGUGUGUGCGUGUGUGUAGCAGGAAUUGCAAUUUAUAGUUGUUGUUUCUGAGAGCUUUCGCUUGUUGCGCGCGUGCGACGAUUGUGCAAGAAGUUCUUGGUGUGCGUUCGAAAUCGGGAAGAGGAAAUCAGCGAGAAUAGAGGCAGAGUAAAUGGCAAUGAAUGCAAAAUAAAUAAAAGAAAUAAAUUUAAAAAAAAAUAAAAAUAAAUUGCCAAAUGCGUUUGGCGUCGCGUGUGUGUGCGUGUUCUGAAAUAUGCUGAAAGAGCUUUCGGAGAGCGAAAGCCAGAGAGAACGAGUCGAAGAGCGAUGCGAUCGGGAGAAAUAGCAACAACAAAAGCAACAGCAACUACGAUCGGCGAAAUGAAUCAGACACAAGCUUUGUUUUGCGAAUUAUAAAUUCGCGUUCCGUUCUCCACACAUGCGAAUUCCCACACUGAGAGCGGGACAGAGACAGCGUGAGAGAGGGAGAGCAGCUACAGCUGCAACAAAAACAACAAAAAGACCAACACAUAAUAAUAGAACUUUUGCUUUCGCUUCCAACUGGUUUUUGUAUACAUAAAAAGAGAGAGGAGGAGCGACGUGACGUGACGAGACGGGACAGAGAAAGAGAGAGACAGACAGCUUCCAGCGCUUCUUGUUCUUCUUCCGCGAUCUUCGUCUUGGAAUUCAUGGAAACCGGGCGCAUGCGCAACACACAAAGCUACAAAAGGAAAAACAACGACGUCAGCUGCAUGAAAGGUCUUUAAAGCAAUUAUAAACUUACAACUACUAUCGUUACCUGCCAUUACGAAUCAACAAAAUAAAUCCCACACAUCACAACGAAACGUACAAAAAAAAAGUUAAAUUAUAUUAUUAAUAAAAUGGAUACCUUCAAUGUACCUAUGCUGGCGGAGAGCAGCAACACCAAUUAUGCAACAGAAGCUACCAGCAAUCAUCACCACCUGCAACAUCAGCAACAACAUCAGCAGCAACAUCAGCAUCAGCAGCAACAUACACAUCAGCAACAGCAGCAACUCUUAAUGCCGCAUCAUCACAAGGAUCAAAUGCUGGCCGCUGGCAGUUCGCCCAUGCUGCCAUUUUAUUCGCACUUGCAGUUGCAACAGAAGGAUGCAACUGCAACAAUAGGUCCUGCAGCAGCGGCAGCAGCAGCAGUUGAAGCGGCAACAACAUCGGCCAAUGCCGAUAACUUCAGUUCAUUGCAGACGAUCGAUGGCAGUCAAUUGGAUGGAGGCAUCUCCUUGAGCGGCUUGUGCGAUCGCUUCUUUGUGGCCAGUCCGAAUCCCCACAGCAAUAGCAAUAUGACUCUAAUGGGCACUGCAACAGCAUCAACAACAACUACCACUACCAUCAACAAUAAUAAUAACAACAACAACUCGAACAAUAACAAUAAUAACACUAACAAUAACAACGUGGAGGCUAAGGCAGUGCGGCAUGUGAACGGCGGUUCGGUGAUCAUCGAAUCUGUGACGAUGCCAUCGUUUGCCAACAUUCUAUUUCCCACCCAUCGCAGCGGCAACGAGUGCAUUGAUCCCGCCCUGUUGCAAAAGAAUCCCGAAAACAAUGGGAACAGCAACAGCAGCAUAAUUGUGCCCACUGUCGAAUACCAUCAAUUGAAGCCACUUGAAGUCAAUUCCUCGACUUCCGUUUCCACCAGCAACUUCCUGUCCUCAACAACGGCCCAAUUGCUGGACUUUGAGGUGCAGGUGGGCAAGGAUGAUAGCCACAUUAGCACCACUACCACCGCAGGGACAGGUUCUGGAUCCGGAUCGGGAUCGGGAUCAGGAUCGGGAUCGAGUGCAAGCACAAUAGCCACGGCAACGCCCACGACGACCACAUCCAUGAAUAGCACUGCCAAUCCGACGAGGAGCUCAUUGCACAGUAUUGAGGAGCUGGCCGCCAGCUCCUGUGCCCCGCGAGCAGCGUCUCCGAACAGCAACCACACUAGCAGUGCCAGCACCACUCCGCAGCAGCAUCCACAUCCGCAGCAGCAGCAGCAUCACAUGCAGAGCGGCAACCACAGUGGCUCCAAUCUCAGCAGCGACGAUGAGUCCAUGUCCGAGGAUGAGUUCGGCCUGGAAAUCGACGAUAACGGAGGCUACCAGGACACCACCUCCUCACACUCGCAGCAGAGCGGAGGAGGCGGUGGCGGCGGCGGUGGCAACCUGCUCAACGGCAGCUCCGGCGGCAGCUCCGCCGGCGGUGGCUACAUGCUGCUUCCCCAGGCCGCCAGCUCCAGUGGCAACAAUGCCAAUCCGAAUGCCGGCCACAUGUCCUCCGGUUCCGUGGGCAACGGCGGCAACGGCAACAACGGAGCGGGCGGCAACUCCGGACCGGGCAAUUCCAUGGGCGGCACGAGCGCCACGCCGGGACAUGGCGGCGAGGUGAUCGACUUUAAGCACCUCUUCGAGGAGCUGUGUCCCGUGUGCGGCGACAAGGUGAGCGGCUACCACUACGGCCUGCUCACCUGCGAGUCCUGCAAGGGCUUCUUCAAGCGCACCGUGCAAAACAAGAAGGUCUACACCUGCGUGGCGGAGCGGUCGUGCCACAUCGACAAGACGCAGCGCAAGCGGUGUCCCUACUGCCGAUUCCAGAAGUGCCUUGAGGUGGGCAUGAAGCUAGAGGCUGUUCGAGCGGAUAGAAUGCGUGGUGGACGCAACAAAUUCGGACCCAUGUACAAACGGGAUCGCGCGCGGAAGUUGCAAGUGAUGCGGCAGCGGCAGUUGGCGCUGCAAGCGCUGCGCAACUCGAUGGGUCCGGACAUCAAGCCAACGCCGAUCUCGCCGGGCUACCAGCAAGCAUAUCCAAAUAUGAACAUUAAGCAGGAAAUUCAAAUACCUCAGGUAUCCUCACUCACCCAAUCUCCGGACUCGUCGCCCAGCCCCAUUGCGAUUGCGUUGGGACAGGUGAACGCGAGCACGGGCGGUGUAAUAGCCACGCCCAUGAACGCAGGCACAGGCGGCAGUGGGGGCGGAGGUCUGAACGGACCCAGUUCCGUGGGCAAUGGCAAUAGCAGCAACGGCAGCAGCAACGGCAACAACAACAGCAGCACGGGCAACGGAGCGUCCGGAGGAGGAGGUGGCAAUAAUGCGGGCGGCGGAGGAGGAGGAAACAAUUCCACCGAUGGCCUGCAUCGCAACGGCGGCAAUGGCAACAGCAGUUGCCACGAGGCUGGAAUAGGAUCUCUGCAGAACACGGCCGACUCGAAAUUGUGCUUCGAUUCUGGCACACAUCCAUCAAGCACAGCCGACGCGCUGAACGAACCAUUAAGAGUCUCACCGAUGAUUCGUGAAUUUGUGCAAUCGAUUGACGAUCGGGAAUGGCAGACGCAACUGUUUGCCCUGCUGCAGAAGCAAACCUACAACCAGGUGGAAGUGGAUCUCUUCGAGCUGAUGUGCAAAGUGCUCGACCAGAAUUUGUUCUCGCAAGUGGACUGGGCACGGAACACUGUCUUCUUCAAGGAUCUGAAGGUCGACGACCAAAUGAAGCUGCUGCAGCAUUCCUGGUCGGACAUGCUUGUUCUGGAUCACCUGCAUCACCGACUCCAUAACGGCCUGCCCGACGAGACGCAACUCAACAAUGGUCAGGUCUUUAAUCUGAUGAGCCUGGGCCUGUUGGGUGUGCCACAGCUGGGCGAUUACUUCAACGAGCUGCAGAACAAGCUGCGAGAUCUGAAAUUCGAUAUGGGCGACUAUGUCUGCAUGAAAUUCCUAAUCCUGUUGAAUCCAAGUGUACGGGGUAUUGUCAACCGGAAGACCGUCUCCGAGGGACAUGAUAAUGUGCAAGCCGCUUUGCUGGACUACACUCUCACCUGCUAUCCGUCAGUCAAUGACAAAUUCAGAGGGCUAGUUAACAUCUUACCGGAAAUCCAUGCCAUGGCCGCUCGCGGCGAGGAUCACCUGUACACCAAGCACUGUGCCGGCAGUGCGCCCACUCAAACGCUGCUCAUGGAGAUGCUGCACGCCAAGCGCAAGGGGUAGAGGCCGGUAGAACGUGACACGGAAUACUUAAUCAUUUAUGAAAUGUAAAUAACAAGGCGGGGCGUGCCUCAAGGCAAGGAGUCCCGGGAGUCCCGGGAUAUGGAAGGCGAACGAAGGAUACAGAAUUCCGUAUUAUGAAUAUGGGAAUGCAUCAUCACUACUACCACCAACACCACCAACUAUCACACCUAUACACACACAUGCACACAUUUGUUGAUUCAAUGUUAAUUAUUAUUACGUUUACGGUUAGGUCUAGUUUACGUUUAACUAAUUAAUUAAUUUGUCUUAAAUUAAUUCGUGUUUUAUUUGUAGUCCCUGAUAAAGCAAUUUUAAAACACUUGAACCUAAACGAGAAUAUGUAGAUGUAUGGAUUUAAAUUUUAAUACGGCAAGGAGAAACACACUUUUUUAGGCAUUACAAAAAAAAAGAAGCAUGAGAAAUUUUAUUUUUAUAUACCUAUAUGAAUACGAUACUUAUGGAUACAAAUCUAUAUAUAUUUUUAUGUAAAUUGGCGUACUUUUAAGCGUCCUGCAUAUUUUUAAUUAGAAUUUGGUUAUACUAUAGUUUUCAAAUUAAUAUCGUUCCCACUUGUAGAUCGAUUCUUGUAUUUUUUUGCGCCAAGUGUCUUGCAUAGUAUUUGCGUCUAAUCUAAUGGCAACAAAAAAAAAUUGGUAAAUCCAUACAAAGAAAAUGAAAACAAAGCAAAUUUAGGUGUUCAUGGUAUGAAUGUAUGUGUAUAUUAUAAUUGUAAUUUCAUCUAAGUGUAAGAAAACAAUGCAAACAACUACCUACAACAAGAUAAUGAAGAGCAAGAAAUUAUAUAAAUUAAUAAAGAUCGUGUUAAAAACUAUAUAGAAAAUAUAUACUUACAUGUAUAUUUAAAUUUAGCAGCAAGUUUCAAAUAUUUGUAAAUUUCAACCAAGAUGUAAUUGUUUCAAUGUCAGCAACCAGAAAGUGUAAAGCUUAUAUUUAAAAUACAAAAUAUAUUUUGUGCAAGAAAGGCGAAAAAUCUGUUAAAAGGGUAACAUCCAAUUAAAAACAUUUUAAAAAGCUGUAUAACACUUUAAAACUAAAAGUAAAAAAUGUUUAGUCAUGAAUUUGGGCAAUGAGACGGAAAAGAAAUCGAAUUAAAGCAACACUUGAAUAUUGUAAAAAAUCAAAAAUCGGAAUAAACAAACCAAAUAAACUAUUUUUAAUGAAUAUCUAUUAAUGGGUCAACUUUCAAUUCAAAUAUUAAGUUACCUGGCAAAGGAUUUAAGAAUUGUUGAAUUUGUUAAUAUAAUGACCCCAGAUUUUCUCGGACUUUCCAAAUUUGCGCCUAAUUUGGUUCGGAUCUUAUCAUUGCCUUAAUUCGCGCCUAGGCAUUGCGCUUAAACAAAACGUACCUUAUAAAAUUAAACAAGUUUAAACUCCAAAUUCAGUAAACAGACACAAAUUACCACACAUAUUUCAAAUUUCAAGGCAGCGUGUAUAAAAACAACACAAAUGUUUAAUGCGGUGUAA